AGGUGCAGACUGAGACCUGAGGUUAGAAUCCCUCACCUAAGUUGAGAAAAACAAACAAUCCAAUCAACACCCACAUAAAAAGACUCUUUCUUUUUCUUUCUUUCAUUUUCUCUCAAUUUCUCUGUGUCAACUGUCAAGGGUUUUCUUGUUUUAUUUUGUUUUUCUUUACAGGAAUCCAUCUUUCCCCCUCUGAUUUUCACAAAUUUGGUCACAUGUAGAGUCCUGACUCACAAAAGAAACACAACCCUUUGUUCUCAAGAAGAAGAAAUCAUAGAUAAACAAACAGAAAAAAGAAGCACACAUUUAUAUAUAUCCAUAUUAGAGUAUAGAUCAUAAAAGGGUAUAAUUAUUAUUACUUUUUUAGUAGGGAUUAUGGGGAGGGGAAGAGUGGAGCUGAAGAGGAUAGAGAACAAGAUAAACAGGCAGGUGACAUUUGCAAAGAGAAGGAAUGGGUUGCUGAAGAAAGCUUAUGAGCUCUCUGUGUUGUGUGAUGCUGAGGUUGCUCUCAUUAUCUUCUCCAGCCGUGGGAAGCUCUAUGAAUUUUGCAGCAGCCCUAGCAUGCUCAAGACCCUUGAGAGAUAUCAGAAAUGCAGCUAUAGUACAGUGGAAGUUAACAAACCAGCCAAGGAGCUUGAGAGCAGCUACAGGGAAUACCUUAAACUGAAAGCUAGGUACGAGACCCUACAGCGAACCCAAAGAAAUCUUCUUGGAGAGGACUUGGGUCCUUUGAACACAAAGGAGCUUGAGCAGCUUGAACGUCAACUAGAGACAUCCUUGAAGCAAGUCCGCUCCACCAAGACUCAAUAUAUGCUUGACCAGCUUUCUGACCUUCAAAAUAAGGAACAUAUGUUGCUGGAAGCUAACAGAGCCUUGACAAUAAAGCUGGAUGAAGUAAGUGCAAGAAACCCGCUUCGAGCAUCAUGGGAUGCUGGUGAUCAAAAUGUAUCAUACAAUAACCAGCAGGUUCAAUCUCAGGGCUUAUUUCAACGGCUGGAAUUGAAUCCCACUUUGCAGAUAGGAUACAAUCCUGUUGGUUCAGACCAGAUGGCCGCAACCACUUCUCAUGCUCAACAGGUCAAUGGCUUCAUCCCUGGUUGGAUGCUUUGAGUUUUGCAUAAACUCUACGCAGCGCCAUUCCUGGUCAUAAAAAUACUAUCCUUACUAGCUAAAAAUGCUUCUUGAUGUUGGCAAUAUGUAAAUUGGUUUCAAGAGCAUUGACAUAAAAACAGCAGUGACUGAUCUGGACAUACUACGUACAUGAAACCUUGAGCCACAGACAGAAGGCAUGUAGCCCCAUUUUAUGCUUUUGUGUGUUGAAGAACCUAAGACUUUUUAUUUACAAUCCCUUUGUUUGGACUUCUCUUUCUUUUCAAUUUCCAUCUUCUGCUAGUUUGUAUGCAUAUAAUAUUUUGGGUGAAGUUUUCUAGGUUGUGAUAAUGCAAUGUUAAAUUAAUACUUUCUAGAUUU